AUGGAUGUCAUGGAGAAUGUGACCAGCGGGCCACCGCCCACACUUCAUGGAUCUGUUUUGGCCUCUCUGAGUAAAUUCAAAAGCCUACUUGCCGCACUCGACAAGACUGCAGAGGGCGUAUUAAGACCUCAAAACAUUGAAAAAACGCAGAUAUGGGAAGGAUACGGCCGACUGAAGCUUUGGGCGGAGGAGUCCAACGCAAUCAGUCCUCCAGAAGAGCUAGGAUCCCUUGACCAGCUCCUCGACUCGAACGAUAAGAUCCACGAAGCUAUUCUCGACAUCUUCACCCAAUUGCAAAAUAUGCUUCAAAUGGGUGCGUCCUCUGCCGAUGCAGGCUUCAUCAAGAGUUCUACUGAUUUUGCGCCGUAG